UUCCACUUUGCUGCAUUCGCAUCGAACAUACAAUGAAAACUGGAGGUGGUGAAUACAUUAUAAUUUAAAAGCACUUCAACAUCAAAUGUCAGGGAGUGUUUUUUCUACAGUGUGGCUGGCAGGGUUUCCCAGCGAAGGCUGCCUGCAGGCCUGGCUGCACUGGCGCUUCUGGGCUCUGAGUGUCUCGGCCCAUCCCUGGAAGCCCCACGCGAACUCUCCGGGCAAGACGAGGCCCCGGCGUCGCGACUAACCGCGCACAGACCCACCCCGGCUGCCCCCCGCCAAGAUGGCGGCCCUGACCCCCGCGCUUCCUCUUCCGGCCGGGGUUGCCAUGGCGCUGCCCCCUCUCGGCCCACCCUCCGCCUCCCGCCGGUGUGUGUUUACAUCGGGCAGCAGCAGCCGGAGCCCCAGCGCCUGGGGAGACGGGGACGCAGCCGACGGCCGCCCGCUCUCCCUCCCUCCAUCCCCGCCGGGCGGAGCUCCGGGAGACGCGGCAUGAAGGGACCCAGCUUAGAAACACAGAUGGUGGAAGAUGAAAUUGAGACAACAAGUGAAGAACUGCCGCCUCAUCUGCGGGAAGAGCCUCCCGAAGUCGUCAUAGAAGACUUUGUCUGAAGAUGGUAGUAUCAACCAGCAGGACUGCUACAGAGUACUUUCGGCUCAGCCUUUCCAUUAUAGAUCUCCCCUAUGCCAGCAAGGACCAUCCACAGCAGCAGGCAGGGGUGAUCUGGAGAGUGACAGGCGGCCUGUUCAGUAUCACCCGGGGAGCCGUGGGGGCCACAUUGGGAGGAGUUGCCUGGGUGGGCAGCAAGAGCCUGGAGCUCACCAAAACAGCUGUGACCAGCGUCCCCGCUGCUGGUGUCGGACUGGUGAAGGGCAGUGUCUCAGCAGUGACCGGCGGCGUUGGGGCCGUGGGCAGCGCAGUCGCCAGCAAAGUCCCUUUCACCACGAAGAAGAAGGACAAGGCUGACUAAUUCCCAUCACUGUUCCCUUCCAAACUAUCAACCUGCCCAUACUCUCCCCCUACACAGCACCUCUUUGAGUUGGAACCAGCUGCUUCAGGGAGGGUCAAGCACUUGAGCAGACUCCAGCUGCAGCCUGCUCAGCACCGCCUGCCUGGCUCAGAGCUCACAGAGCCGCUGUCAAUGCCUUUCACUCCCGUCACCUACUGGGAACCAUCCCUACUCCGAGGGCUUUAAAGGCACUGUUGUCUCUGUCUUACAGUUUCCUUCUUCUCUUCUUGCUCUUGUAAGCACAGAGGGGCAGGAGAGGGUGUCAGGCUCCAUCUAACUGGAGAUGGUAGGAGUAAUGGGAGGGGAAGGAACUGUGCCUGGCCUGAAGUAUGGGUCAAAUUAAACUUCAGCUAGGAAGACAGCCUCUGAAACACCCAUUCCCUUUGCUCUGGGAGGUGUGUUUUGGAGGUCUGCCUGGGGGAUAACUGUAGAAGAAAGUCCCAUUGACACAAAGGAGAGAUACUGUGAAGAGGUGGAAGCCUCCCUCCUGCCCUGCACCUCUUACCUUUUCUUUGCAGGGCCUAUCCCACAAGCUGCUCCAAAUCACUGCGUGGCUGAAUUGCACCCUUCAGAGAAGGAAACCUCAAGCUCAGCAGAGCAGCUCCAGGGAUGAUGCCACACAAGGGUAUCAUAUGUCCUGGGCCAUCAGCUUUUGCACAGAUUUUCUUGGUGAGAGGCAGGAGAAUGAAAGCUGCUGUGUGUUCCCAUUCCCAGCUGACAGUGGCAUCUGCCAGGCCUCUGUAAUAUUGCAGCACAGGUGGUGAUGCUCCACAGAGAGACAAACUGAGCCCUUGGGUUUGAUCCUUGAAGUCCUGGCAGUAUCCCCAUCUGCAACAGGGGCAUUUUGACUCUAGGCCACACUUUCACUCCACAGACGUCACUAGCCACCCUGAGCAAGCGUGUUCCAAAUGCCACUCAAGUUCUGCUGCAGGGUGCGAGGGGAAGCUCUCCCUGUGACCCCAGGAGCAGUGGCCUGGCCAUGAGCAGGCUGCACUGUGUUGGAAAACGCUUCCCCAAGGGGCUGAGCGCGCUCCAGCCUGUACGGGGCACCAGCAGUUCCUCCUCCCCCACACACUGCUGCUGGAGUUCCAGUCCGGCUCUUCUAAAUGACCGUGUUGCACUAAAUAUCCCACCCACACUCAUAGUGCUGCAGAAACCCAGACACCUGCAUUCAUCUGGGAGUCACAGCCAUCUUCAGCCUGGCCUGGGAUGCUCACAGGGCCGUGUGGCAUGACAUAAACACACACACACAUGCACACACACUCACUCCAAGGUUCCCUGUAAUUUCUCGGGAUGAGGAAAGCCACAGGCUCUACCAUUAACUCUGCCGCUCCUGGCUUUGGCAGGUGAUUAGCCUAGGUCGUUAGGUGUUGGAUGCAUAGGCAAGUGAAGCAGUGCUUGUGCCGUAUUUUAUAAAUAUGCAUCUGUGUUAGAGUUUGUGUAGGUAUCAGGCCACAAGCUUGUCUUCAGCCAGAUAAACAAAACCAUGCCACUGCCAUGGAGCUGUUCACAUAGUCAUCUUUGGCACUUCCGGCAUAUAGAUUCUAUAUAGGGUCCUGGUGAAAGUAAAAAUCAUGUUUUAGAGGAUGUUUUCCCUUUUGUUGCCCAAGAGCAUAGUUUAUUGAAACCAAAGGAAUGUGAAAUAUCCCCUUUUUCCCGUCUAUGCAGAUUAUUUACUUUCUGCCCUAUCUUUUGCAUAUUGAAGCAAGCUUCCUUGAUCUUCAUUUCCCGUUGGAGGUUGUUGUGCUUCCUGGCUGCUGUCUUGUGCUUAGGACUCUGACAUCAGGGAAUAUUUAAGUACAACCCCACCCCUGCCACCAUUUUUGCUGAAUGUUCUUGGGCUUGUGAAGCAGUUUUGAUUCUGACCUUUAUUAAAUCCACAUUUUGGGCCUGAUUUAAGUAACUGUUUCCCUGUGCUAGUCAUGCUGGUGUUGGUCUCUCUAUACCCUUUGCUGGGUAGUUCCUGCUGUUUGCAGUGGCAAGAAGUUGCUGAUCUCCACGGUGUGUUACUCUUGAUAGCAUGAGAGUGGUUUAACCUACAUCUUUGUUUCUUGAAGAGGAAGCAGCAUUUGGUAUGUGUGUGUGUUUCCUCUCCCUGUCUCUUUUGUUCUUGUGAAGGCCAGGUUGACCCAGACAUGUUGGUUUUGUCUCUGAAGGCAGCAGCUUCACAGAAAGAUCAGGCCUUGAUGUGUGCCUGCACUUUGCUGGGACGCUCGUGGCACUUGGCAAGGCCAGAAGAAGUCUCGUCUGUUCUUCCUUUGUCUCAAACGCCCUGCAGAGCAGGAGGGCAGUUGGCACUGCGCGGAUCUCUGCUCGCAGCUCUCCCUGAGCACAUCUCAUUUCUCAUUGCAGAUCACAGGCUGCUCCUGAAGUCAGCUCUAACCCCAAAGCUAAAAGCUGCUCGUGCCUAAGUAGCUGUGCUGUCACUAACCCUCUUAGAAAGAUAUGGUUUCUUACCAACUGGGGCAGAAGACAGUCUUCUUCUUAACUGCCUCUCCCAGGCCCUAGAUGGUAUCUAAGGGGCUUAACUUACCAGUCACCCUGGGCAGGUGGCGGGAAGCUCAUCAUGCUUUUGGCUAACCAGUAUCCCACACAGGCUCUUGCUCGGGGAGGCAAUACAUCCUUCCCAAGACAUUGUCUGCAGGCACCGUUUGUGCAGAGCUAAGUGUGAAAAAUGGGAUAAAGGUACAUUAAGGAAGGCCAUAGGGUACCUGAGGGUUUCCUGUCUUUUUAUUUCUGCUCUUCUGUGCGUCCUGGCAGUAAAUGGAGUAAAUCUCUCCAUUUGUCUGAAACGGCCAUUUCCUUGAGGGAUGGCCUGGAGAAGGGGAGAAGAGGUGUGAGGGGAACUCAGAGAAUUGGCUGUUCUUACAGCCCAGCUAAUGGAAAUCUCGUGGAACAUAAAUAACAAAAGAGCGCAAAUUAGCAGUCAGGGGUACAGUAUUGAAUCUACUCCCAAACCAGGGCCUCACACCUCUUAACAGGCAUUCAGGGAUAUGUAGCUAUGCAGGACUCAAAGGCUCUGGAAAGCAUGUCUCUAUUAUUGCACCAGGCCUGCUCAGUUCAUCCAGGUGACCCAGCCCUAGGCUGGGUUGGUGUUCCCAAUCCAAGAGCAAAGAUGCCUCCUGACAGCUUUGGUUGCAGAAUGGUGGAACCUGGAUGAGAUGGGGAGGUUGCUGGCUCCUGGUGCCCUAUCCUUUUCCCCCUGCCACACUAUGGAGACUCCAGGCAGCUCAGAGUCCACCUGGGCCGCUGGUGCAGCCUUUCUCCCACCGCCUCUUUGUCAUAAGAGCUGCAAAAACUACAUUGUGCAUAAAUCCCAUUGCUAUGAAGUGAUGGAGGUUUGGUACAAAAUAGGGGGAGGCAGCACUGAGGAAGGGUCAAAGUGAGUUAGUACAAGGAAGAUCGCCAAUAUUCAGGUGAUGGUGAGAAGAUGAAGAGAGAGUGGUGACAGGAGGAGGCAAGGACUGGGGGAGCAAGAAAAGGUGGAGCAUGAAGGGCAUUUAUUUCUUAGGACUGUCUCUGAGUCAGCAGAUUAAUAUGAUGGAGUUUGUCCUAGGGAAGAGUGUGGGAAGGGAAGUGGAUGAAUGUGGGUUUUGGUGUGUGAUGUUGGUUCACACCUGGUGGGUGCCCUGCUGCCAUAGUGGUGGUGAUUGUGACAUCAGUGAGCCUAACAGAUUUCCAGGCGCCAGAUCAGCUCCCUCCUUACCAUCCCUGCUUCCCAGAUCUCCCUACGACUUUUGCCAUGAUCUCCCCAUGGUGGAGGUGGGACGUGGCACUGCACACAGCCCUGUGCCCCAGGUGGCUGGACAUUCCCCAUGCCCAAGGAACAUGGCCCAGCUGAGAGGGGAGCACACAGGCACGUUCUCUCCUCCCUUAUCUCAUUGUUCUUCACUUUCUUUUUCGUCCCUCCCUUGUCUUUCUGUCUUGCACCUCUGUAGACCUCUACAAAGCUCUCACCUAGACCUUCGUUAAACAUCCACACUCAUCUUGGCUGGGAGGGCAGAGAAGGUGACUCUGCCCCUGGACCUCCACUGACUGGGACAGAAGUGCAUGUCUUCCACCCCCGUCUGUCCUCCUGUGUUUUGCGUGUGGAAGAUCUCAGCCCACUUCUGAGUUCCCACCUUGGCUCUUGUCCCUGUCAUUUCUGUUUCUCCGUUACAAAGUCAUCCUUGUAAAAACAAUAGCACGAGUGGGGAUGUGAAGAUGGCUAGAGAGAGCCACAGAGCUGCUGGGACAGAUGCCAGGGCCCAGCUCUGCUGCUCUGGGAGCCGAGGAGCCCUUUGGCAACCCAAAACCGUCACUGCAGCCACGCAGUUGCGUGCGCAGUGCUGGGCUCCGGAGAACACUUUUGUUCUUUAUCAUUUCAUUGUCUGUAAUUGGUUUCCUACUGAAUUUGUUUGCUUGGUUUGUUUUGCAGUGUGUUUCUGGGAAUAUUCUGCAUCUCUGUAUUUUAAUUACAGUAAAAUUUGAGGAUAAAAA